CCCGAUGAGUCAUAAAUACGAAAGUACGUUUAGUUACGUAAGAUCUAAAUAACUAGGGCUCCAUUUGCGUAUAGCAAAGUCCUAAACCAGGUCAGGUUCCGACUUUCUCCGGUCGACUUCCGAUCAACAAAUCUUAUAAACUGAAACCCCCACAAGUAUAACCUCCACUCUAGGGUUGCCACCUGGCAAAGGCGUAUCAUAUCCAAGAACAAAUAACUUUCCAAAUUCAACAAUCAACAUGGCUGCAUCAGAAGAUAGCAAUACUCUUUUUCCAAUCUUUAUCUUCUCCAUAUUGGCUCUUCCUUUAGUACCUUACACAAUAUUCCAGUUAUACCAUUUAGCUACAAAGAAGGCCAAAAUCGCCAAGUGUCAAUGUUCAGUCUGCUUACAAUCUGGAAAGUACCACAAGUCUAUAUUUAGACGUAUAUCAAACUUUUCAACCUAUAGCAACCUGACUCUUCUUAUGCUAUGGGUGAUCAUGGUGUUGUUGGCAUAUCACAUAAAAAGCAGUAGUCAUGAAGUGGAAAUCUUUGAACCAUUUAGUAUUCUUGGAUUAGAACAUGGAGCUACAGAUUCAGAAAUCAAGAAAGCAUAUAGGAGACUUUCCAUCCAAUAUCACCCUGAUAAAAAUCCAGAUCCAGAGGCACAUAAUUAUUUUGUGGAAUAUAUAUCCAAGGCUUAUCAAGCUCUAACAGAUCCAAUAUCACGUGAGAAUUUUGAAAAAUAUGGUCAUCCCGAUGGCAGACAGGGGCUACAAAUGGGAAUUGCUCUCCCUCAGUUUCUAUUGAAUAUUGAUGGGACAUCAGGGGCAGUGAAUUUACUUGGAAUUGUUGGGAUUUGUAUUAUUAUGCCCUUGGUGAUGGCUGUUAUGUACUUAUCAAGAUCAUCUAAAUAUACUGGAAACUAUGUCUUGAAGCAUACUCUAUCUGCAUAUUUCUAUCUUAUGAAACCCUCUUUGGCUCCAAGUAAGGUGAUGGAUGUGUUCAUAAAAGCUGCUGAAUACAUGGAGAUUCCAGUGCGUAGAAGUGAUGGAGAGCCUCUUCAGAGACUUUUUGUUCUUGUCAGAAGUGAAUUAAAUCUUGACCUUAAAAAUAUUAAACAAGAACAAGCUAAAUUUUGGAAGCAACAUCCCGCUCUAGUCAAGACUGAGUUAUUAGUUCAAGCUCAAUUAACUCGUGAGUCGGGAUGUCUGACUCCAUCUUUACAACGUGAUUUUAGACGUAUACUUGAAGUUGCUCCUCGCCUUCUUGAAGAGUUAAUGAAGAUGGCGGUUCUACAGCGGCCCCCACAUGGACACGGGUGGCUGAGACCUGCAAUCGGGGUGGUUGAGCUCUCACAGUGUAUAAUACAGGGAGUUCCAUUGAGUGCACGAAAGCCAGUUGGUGGAUCUGUUGAAGGAAUUGCCCCUUUUUUGCAACUCCCACAUUUCAGUGAGGCUGUUCUUAAAAAGCUUGCCAGGAAGAAAAUCCGUACUUUUGAGGACUUCCGCGACCUAACCCAACAAGACCGCUUCGACCUCCUAACAAAAACCGCGGGCUUCUCCCCGCUCCAAUCCCAAGACAUCGAAACCGUGCUCGAGACAUUACCAUCAAUAACCUUCGACAUCAAAUGUGAAACCGAAGGCGAAGAAGCAAUCCAGGAGGGCGAUAUCGUAACUAUGCGUGGUUGGGUCACACUCAACCGCUCCAACCACAAAAUCCGUUCCCUCCCACAUUGCCCAAACUACCCUUUCCACAAAGAAGAAAACUUUUGGCUCCUUUUAGCGGACCCCACAUCCAACAGCGUAUGGAUCUCCCAAAAAGUCAGCUUCAUGGACGAAUCCGCCGCCCUAAUCGCCGCCCCGAAAGUCAUCCGGGAGUCGAAGGAGUGGGCGGGAGCCACCCCGAAGGAGUUGAAUUUGGCGGUGAAGGAGGCGGUGGAGAAGGUGAGGAACGGGUCGAGGUUGGUGAUUGGGCGGUUCUUGGCACCGGAGGAAGGAACGUAUAAUUUGACUUUGUUUUGUUUGAGUGAUUCGUGGUUGGGGUGUGAUACGAAAAUGAGUUUGAAGUUGAAGGUGUUGAAGAGGAGUAGGGCGGGGAUGAGAGGCGGGGUGGCGGUGGUGGAGGAGGGUGUGGAGGAUGGCGGUGAGGAGGAGGAAGUGGAGGAGGAUGAGUUGUAUGAUGAUGAUGAGAGUGAGUAUAGUGAAGAUGAAGCGGAUGUGGAACAUGAGGUUGUGGAUGAUGAUGAUGAUGUGAAUGAUGAUGAUGAUGAGGAUAAUGAUAAUGAUGAGGAUAAGAAAGAGAAUUAGAAGGUAGUUUUUUUUUUUUUUUUCUUUUUAAUAUAUAUACUUUGGUUUGUAAGUUAUGACUUU